AUGCCGGUCUACGGGUUGAAUUGUUUCUCACUUAUGAAGUAUGACACCGUAGUAUUCUCUAGAAGCGCCGUAGAUCUACUAGAAGAGCGCUUACUGAAACAGCUUCAUAGAGCAGGCCCUCUAAACAAAAAAUACAGAUAUAUGGACUACAAAGAGCGGAUACUGAACGAAGGCGAAGGAGAAGACGAUCCCGAACAGCCUCCUAUAACAAUGUCAGCGCCUGAUGGGGCUGGCAGUAAGCAGAUUCCGUUGGCUCAACGGAUCCUAGCACUCCAGGCACGUAACAAAAAACAGUUGCACAUGUGUGAGGCUAGUCGCACUUCACAAAGCGAAGGAAAUAAAGAGAACAGCUACCUUUCCUCAUCUAUGACCUGCAGACAAAAUAAGACAGCUCCACCUGGCGAAAUGUUUGACAUGAGCAAGAUGAACGAUAGUUUGGGUAUCGUUCGUCAUAAUGUGAGCACUAGUGCUUCGGACCAUCAACAUCGAGAAAUUAAGAUUAUCACGCGAACACUCAAAGAGCGUCACUUGGGAACACCAAGACAAACUCCGAAGCUUUCAGCUAUACCAGAGAAGAUCAGUGCUAAAGACAGGUUGAAUCUCUUUGCCCAUUUUGUAUUACAUCUUACCCAUGUUCUUUGGGAGCUUUUAUUUUGAAU